AUGACCUACAGCCUAAACGAUGCCAAAAUGACCGAAAAGAAUUACAAAGAAGACACCGACAUCGACCACUCCGGGGGUGAGGUUCUCGGUCAAAUUGGCCGCUAUGAGGAUCAUGAGAGAGCCAUACAGGGCAAUGACCACUUUCAUCGCCUAGGCUGGAAACGCCUCACGAUUGUCCUCAUUGUUCAAUCGAUUGCCUUGGGCAGUCUCAGCUUACCAGCUGCUUUUGCAACGCUUGGAAUGGUGGCUGGGGUGAUCCUGUGUAUUGCUCUAGGUCUCGUUGCCAUCUAUGCAAGCUACAUGGUCGGGCUGGUGAAGCUGAAAUACCCGCAAACUGCCCAUUAUGUUGACUUCGGUCGUCUUCUGAUGGGCAAAUGGGGGGAUGGGCUCUUUAGCGUUGGUUUCAUUCUGUUGUUGGUCAUAUCAGUUGGAUCACAUUGCUUGACCGGGAAGCUGGCAUUUGCUACACUCUCCAACAAUGCUGCAUGCGCUCUCAUAUUCAGUGCUGUGUCCGCAGUCAUUCUCUUCGCUUUUGCCAUACCACCAUCGUUUGCCGAGUUAUCGAUUCUAGGAUUCAUCGACUUCGCUUCCAUCAUCGCCGCAAUCGGAGUCUGCAUCAUCGCAACGGGUAUUAAGCAGGGCGAUGCAACUGGUCCCGUGUGGUCCGCAUGGCCUCAAGAGGGUAUCAACAUGAGCAAGGCAUUUGUCGCGAUCUCAAAUAUUGCCUUUGCUUAUGCUUUUGCCUCCGCUCAGCCUUCAUUCAUGGACGAGAUGCAUACACCCGAGGACUUCACCAAGUCAAUAUCGGCACUGGGUGUGACACAGAUCACUAUCUAUACAUUGACAGGGGCUCUCAUCUAUGCCUUUGUUGGACAGGACGUCGCCUCGCCGGCAUUACUAUCGGCAGGGCCUAUUCCUGCUAAGAUUGCCUUCGGUGUCGCACUUCCGGUCAUCUUCAUCUCCGGCUCUAUCAAUGCCACUGUUGCGUGUCGAUAUAUACAUGGUAGAAUAUACCAGAACUCUGUUGUCCGAUACGUCAACACGACCAAAGGAUGGAUCACUUGGCUAAUCAUUGUGGCCUUGAUCACCAUUCUAGCGUGGAUCAUCGCAGAAGCCAUCCCAUUCUUCUCCGAGCUCCUUGCUAUCUGCGGUUGCCUGCUGGUCUCUGGCUUUUCGUUCUACAUUCCCCCUGUGCUAUGGUUCUUCCUCCUGAAGGAAGGAAGCUGGUACGAGAAGCGAAAUCUCUGCACCGCGAUCUUGAACCUUACUGUAUUCAUUAUUGGUGUCGUGAUUCUUGGUUGCGGCCUUUACGCGAGCAUCGUUGGCAUCGUAAGUACUCCCAUCAGAGUCAGCAAGAAGUGCGCAUACUGA